GAGACUGAACACAGUGAGUUCAUUAUUUUACUCCUCUCCAUAUCUGGAAUUUAUUUCUACUAAAAGUUUCCAUGCAGGGGCAGCAAGCGGACUAACAUUGGACCCGACGGGAAGAUGGUUCCAGUUAAACUCCUCAUUCUGGGACCUCAGAACACGGGAAAAACAGCUCUGUGUGUUCGUUUCAUAACCAAGCGCUUCAUCGGUGAAUACGACCGUAAAAAAGAGGUCACCUACAGAUGCAGUCGGAUGGUGGACCAGGAAACUGUUGAUGUGGAGGUUUUGGAUAUAGCUUGUAAGGAGAGCUCUGCGGCCUCUCUGGAGUCUUCUAUCCGCUGGGCAGACGGCUUCCUGCUGCUCUACUCCAUCACACAACGCCUCAGCUUCCUGGAGGUCCCUCGCCUCAAGAAACUCAUCGACCAAACCAAACAGAGUCUAGUUGUUCCUACAGUGCUGGUAGCCAAUAAGGCAGACUUGGAAAUCGGCAGGGAGGUGACAACAGAGGAAGGACAGAGAUUGGCAAAGGAUUUAAGGUGCGGUUUCAGGGAGCUGUCGGUGGCUGAAGCUGUUUUGUCUGUGGAAGCUGCCAUGUUUCAGCUCAUCAGGCUGGUGUUGGAUCAGCAGCGCCCUCUGCCUGACCGUCGCUCCUACAUGCUGACUGUCCGCCACGCUCUGACCAGGAAACUGACCCGAUCUAAGACCAUGCAGUGGUGACCACAGCAAAAAAACAAUUCACCAGUUAUUACAGUGGGACAUUUGUGAAAACUGUGUGUGUUUAAUGCUCUCAUAACACUGCAGUUUUACCUCCGGACUAAUCUUAUAAUAUCAAUAUGAUAUAUUCCCUAUUGAAUCAUAGAGAUAUGUUGUAUCCCCUUCUCUCUCAGCAUGUAUGGAGGACAUUCUUUAACCUUCAGGUCUGACAGAGUUCAAGGCAUCUAAUCUAGAGCGUUUAUGCAACACUGAUGAUUUGGCUGAUUCCUAGUUGCAGCUUCUGCUUGCAAAUUAUUUAUUUAAUUAUUUUUAUACACAAUAUACCUUUGGGAAGUGAAAUACGAUACAAAGAUUGAGGUAGCUCAAAAGACACUUAAAUAAAAUUAAAUAAUGAAACUAUUGCAAAAACCAAAACAAAUUAUAAAUUAAUCAAAAUGCAGCAAAAGAUUAGGUUCUGGUCAUUUUCCAGCUGGAUUCAUGUUUGUUAAGGCCUCGGUUUCACAUUGGAUUUUGCAGGGAAAACAUUUUUAAAAAAAGACCAAAUCCCUGUAAAUUAAAAGAAUGAAGGGGACUUUUGAGUGUGAGUUUGUCUGCCAUAGAAAGUUUCAGCUAAACUCGCUGAACUUACAAAGUCUGGGAAUAAGAGCACAUGGGUGUGACCAACUAAAGUGCAGCGUUAUUUGUUGUUAUUGCAUAAUUCAAGCUCAGCCUGACGUCAUCUGGAACAAAGGUUGGAUCUGAAUGAAUUGGAGAUGGAGAAAUAUCUGUCAGCAGGUAAAGAGUUGGGAUGAGCUUCAAUAAUGGGAAAUCAAAGACAGAUGGUUUCCCUUUUCAAGUUACAUUUUAGACAAAGGGGGUUUUAGAAGACAAUAAUA